AUGGAUAUGACAUCGGCAGCGGAAGCGCGCAGCUGGUACGACAACCAGCGGCUCGGUGGCUCGCCGGGCACGUCCGCAGCCCUCGGCCACCAGACGGCGGCGGUCGACCCGUCGGAAAUGAAUCCAUUCUAUCCGCUCGAAAAUGGCUCCCACCGACGCUACUACCCGACCAGCUAUGGCCCGCACGCAUCCCGCAUGAGCACGUCGCACGUUUCGCCGCAAGUGUGUCGGCCACACUUCCACGGGCCCCUGUCGUGGCUCAGUGACCCACCGAAGCCGAUCGCCUCGGGCAGCGCCUGGGGCAGCCCGUUCGCCUGCCCGCAGGACCCGCAGGACAAGCUGGCGCAGGUGCAGGGCGCCCAGACCGGGCAGCACCUGUUCUCGUUCCCGCCGACCCCGCCCAAGGACUCGACGCCCGACUCGGUGCAGACGGCGCCGGCCGAGUACCAGGCGACGAUCAACGCGUUCAUGCACCAGGCCCAGGUGGUCAGCUCGAACCAGGGAGUCGGUGGGGGCGGCGGCGGUGGAGGAGGCAGCGGGGGCGGCGGACAGACGGACGGCUGCGGGCUGGACGUGAAACCGUGCCUCACCGGGGGCAACGGAUCGAGUGGCGGGGGCGCCGGAACCGGAGGCCAAAACCAACCAAAGCAGCGAGAAGGUACGAGCGGCGGAAGUGGGGCGCCGACCGGCACGCCCGGUCACGGUGGCCCCGGAGGACCCGGCGGCAGUGGCGUCCCCGGCGGAGGGCCACACGGGAGUGUGCACGGCGUCGGGCCGAACACUUCCGGUGGCGGGCUGUUCGACGGUGCGGGGCAAUCGGCGGCGUACGUCACGGGGGGCUACGACACGAGCGGGUACGGCUACCACCACAACGGUGCGUCCUUCGGCCAGCCCAACCCCCGACCCGCCAUGAACAGCCCGCACAUGAAGCCGCAAAGGACGAAAGCGCGAACCAGUGCCGAGGGUCGAGAAUGUGUCAACUGCGGUGCAACGUCGACGCCCCUGUGGCGACGGGACGGUACCGGUCACUAUCUGUGCAACGCCUGCGGACUCUACUACAAAAUGAACGGCCAGAAUCGUCCACUGAUCAAACCGAAACGAAGACUGGUUAGCUCGCUUCAAAGUGCCGCCCGACGCGCGGGAACAUCGUGCGCCAACUGCAAAACGACCACCACCACGCUGUGGCGAAGGAACCAGGGCGGUGAACCCGUUUGCAACGCUUGCGGGCUCUACUACAAGCUGCACAACGUUAACCGGCCGCUAACGAUGAAGAAGGAGGGCAUCCAAACGAGAAACCGCAAACUGUCGUCAAAGUCGAAGAAGAAGAAAGGCAUCCCCGGCUCGUGUCUUCCGCUCGGCAGCCAUCUCGGUGAUCUGAUGAAGCCGCUCGACCACAAACCCUCGUUCCCGGGCGGUUUUCCCGGCUCCAUGGGACAACACGGUCACCUGUCGGGGGGACUACAUCCGGCGCACACGCACAUGCACGGUGGCUGGUACACGACCGGCAUGGGGGCGCUCGGAACUUCCGGCGGGCUGCAGAACGGCUUCGGAGGCGCCGGGUCGCUCGGCGGCGGCGUAGUGCCCCACUCGCAAUCCUACCAUCUAGGACUCAACUCGAUGAGCUGGCGCUCGGAGUACACGUGA